AUGCUCGGUUUCGGCAACGGUGGUGGGCGUCGUGCGCCUUUCACAGGCGGCCUCUGGGGCUCCAAUCCAUUCCGCCGCAGCGGUAGGGGUGGCACUACAUCUCAGCCUCCGCCUCAGCAUGCCAACCUCCCGACGCUCGGAGAAUAUGGCUACGUCGGCGAAGACCAUCCCGAAGGUCAGCCCUCCUACGGUGCGAUGCGGCCAGGAAUGGGUGCCUACGAUGGCGGCAAUACCCCGAUGGGUCCGAACAUCUCUCACACCUCUUACCAAGAGUCUGAUGGAAACGUUCAUGGGUAUCGCUACCGUCCAGGCGGUCCAUAUAGCAGCCCCAUGCAUGCCUUUCAGAUGUACCUGGCGUCAAGCGGUGAAUGUCCACCAGUCGGUGGUCGAUUUUCUGCAUAUCUCGCGGGCGAUGUUCCAGGACCUUUCAUGUCAGUUUUCCCGACAGGUGCCAAUUCUGUCCGUGGCCUCAACGGUCGUGAAGGCCCUAUUGGCUUUUCUGGCCAGGAGCGCGGUCUUCAGCCUGACGGAGCGUUUGCUUUCGAACUCCAGCCUGCGCCGCUUCCGCGCGACAAUGGCUUGUCGGAAGAAAACGCGAUGGUCAUAGCCGACUUCAUACAGCAGCAUACCCAGCCUAUUGGUGAGGGCGGCACGAAUGCUCCUCCAAACUCUGAAUGCCCAAUCUGCCUAGAGCCACCAUCCCUCUCGCACCUUUGUGUUCAGAUCAAGGGCAUUUCGGGGUGCAAUCACAUGAUCGGUCGCGACUGCCUCAAGGAGUUGUUGACUCACGACUCUGAUGAGAAGAAGGAGUGUCCCCUUUGCCGUGCGGAAUUCCUUGCUUCAAACUACAUCGAGCAGGGCUCCGACGAGUGGAAUUCGUUGGCGCAGGGGCGCGGUGGUCCAGCUCGCGGUUCUUCCAGGAUGCCUGCUGGCUACGGCGGUGAUCCUUUCGGGUAUGCUGCUCCUCGUGGUCCUCCUCGCGGUUCCCCGGGCGGCAUGUCCAAUAUCCGUGGCUUGGACGAUGUGGGCAUGGAUGGACAGGGCGGUGGUCCUCCAAUAGCGCGCGGCCAGGGCAACUUCAUCGGUAGCGGUCAGCGUCUUGGAGGUCCUCAGUCGGGCUACUAUCAGCAGCAGGUCGCGCCCAACUACGGCGGAGGCAUGGAACACUAUGGUGGCGCGGGCCGUCUAUAG